AUGCCUGAAACCAAGAGGUUUGACGGGAGGAGCAGCAGCGGAAAAUGGAAGUGGUUGUGUGUCUUCUCGCUCCUUGAUUGUUGCGCGCUCAUCUUUCUCUCCGUCUACUUCAUAAUUACAUUGUCCGAUUUAGAAUGUGAUUACAUUAAUGCUAGAUCAUGUUGCUCAAAAUUAAACAAUUGGGUAACUCCAGAACUGAUUGGUCAUACCAUUGUCACUGUGCUAAUGCUUAUUUCAUUGCACUGGUUCAUCUUCCUUCUCAAUUUACCUGCUGCCACUUGGAAUAUAUAUCGGUUCAUUAUGGUGUCAAGUGGUAACAUGGGAGUGUUUGACCCAACAGAAAUACACAACCGAGGACAGCUAAAGUCACAUAUGAAAGAGGCAAUGAUCAAGCUUGGUUUCCACUUGCUAUGUUUCUUCAUGUAUCUUUAUAGUAUGAUUUUAGCUUUGAUAAAUGACUGAGCCCACAUUACAGUGUACUGCACAUUUGAGGAGCUACACUACUUAAACCAUCUUUAGAACCGUAACCAUAGCAGUAUAUAUUUUCGUCUUUGAACAA